AUGAAAACCGUGACCAGUACCGAACCCAUCGUGAAUGAUUCCGCCGAUGCGGCUCACAUCGAGACUGUCUACGACUGUAUACCAGGCGACGGGUUCCGUCACCAAUGUGACCUUCUCCGAUAUCACGCUCUCUCCAGUAUUGCCGACUCCAGCGUUGUGGAACAGGAUUACGGAAACGGUUCACGGUUCUCCCCGACCGGCACUCCCACUAAUGAAGUCCCCAUCAAACCCCUAACCGUUGACGGUAUCACAGGCUCGGUGGAGUCCGAGGCAGUGGAAGUGUAG